ACAGAGGCAACGAUUCCAUUCAACACCAACAACUACCGAUACCAUCGCCAACACCACCACUGUCUGCCGACAUCAUUAUCCACCGUCACAACCAUCGUCACCACCACCACCACCACCACCACCUUCAAUAUCCACCACACCAUGGACUUCUCCCCGGUGGCUUGCUCCCAGCGCCAGACUCAUCCGUCCACAUGACCGUCCAUCAAGCACAGACUUCUGUUCCCCCGCACGCUAGACGCCGCCAAACAAACUCAAUGGCAGCAACCAGUUCACAUCGCCGUCCCAACCCAGCGGACGCGGCCACAUGUCCAGGCACCCUGUCAUGAAUCGAACCAAACCCCUCCUCGCGAGUCGCACCCCUCCCGAAUUGUCAUGUCGCUAUACCUCAUUUCGACGAGUCAAACACCAAAGUCCACGACGAACGGGCGUCUAUCGCCGGGGAGAGCCCCAAUCCCCUUUUCUCCCCUCAAUGGACAAUGCCGCUCCCAUAUCCCUUCGCGACGGCCUCGGCAUCGGCAUCCCUGACCAAGUUUCCUCGUUUCACCGUCUUCCCAACCACCCCCCCGGCGCAGACACUCGACGUUCAUUAGCUGAGGGCCCGGAAGAUUGCGCUUGGCUCUCGAAUAAUUAAUUGCGAAAAAGACGCGGUGCUCAACCUGAACAAUCAACAAUCUCUCGCCUUUCCCCCCGUCCCUCCCGGCGCCCCAGUCUUUCCUCGCUCUUCGUCAAAAUUCGAGCCCUUUCUUUUGUGGGCUUCCCCUUGGAUGCCGUCGCUGCCGUCCCACAAACCGCACCUAGCGCCCCCGACUUCGAAUAUUUCUUAAAGUCGCGAUUCCCUCCAUCCGAUCUCCCCACCCACAUCAACAUCCGACGAUCUCUCACCAGCGUCGUUUGCUCAGUUUUGGCCGCAUUGACCUUGUAUCCAUCUCUCUCUUCUGUCUGCGCAACAGUUCUCGGUCCGCAGCAGAUAGCCAGACAGACAAGAAGCACGCGACACGGCUCAGCGCAUCACUAUCGGCCCGCACGAUGGAGUCCAAAACGUCCCCGCAGGAUGAUGUCGUCGCCGCCGCCGCCGACCGCCACUCGGUCGACGCUGGCGACCACCACGCUGCCAAGCUCGCUAGUACCUUUGUUCAGAACGCCAAAUCCGCCUCGGACAAGGAGCACGCCAUGACGCUGGCCCAGGGCAUCAAGCUGUACCCCAAGGCUAUCGCUUGGAGUGUCCUCAUCUCCACCUGCAUCGCCAUGGAGGGCUACGACAUCAGCCUCGUCAGCAACUUCUACGCAUUUCCCCAAUUCAACGAAAAAUACGGCGCCCUCACCGCCGACGGCUCCUACCAGAUCUCGGCCCCUUGGCAGGCCGGCCUUAGCAAUGGUGCCAUGGUCGGCGAGAUCAUCGGCCUCUUCAUCAACGGAUGGGUCUCGGAACGCUUCGGCUACAGGUGGACCGUCAUUGUCUGCCUCGGCCUGGUCGCUGCCUUCACCACGAUCUUUUUCACCGCCCAGAACGUCCAGACCCUACUUGCCGCCAGCAUCCUGUGCGGUAUCCCCUGGGGCGUCUUCCAGACCCUGUGCAUCACCUACGCCUCCGAGGUCUGCCCGGUCGCCCUGCGUGGCUACCUGACCACCUACGUCAACUUCUGUUGGGGCCUCGGUCAGGAGAUUGGAAUUGCCGUCAUUAUCUCGAUGCUCGACCGUAACGACGAGUGGGCGUACCGCAUUCCCUAUGCGCUGCAGUGGAUGUGGCCGGUGCCGCUGGCCAUCGGCAUCUACUUCGCGCCCGAGUCACCCUGGUGGCUGGUGCGCAAGGGCAAGAUCGACGAGGCCAAGAAGUCGCUGCUGCGCCUGACGAGCAAGGGUAGAGAGUCCAACUUUGACGCCGACGAGACGGUCGCCAUGAUGGUGCACACCAACGCCCUCGAGGAAAAAAUCACUGAGGGCGCCUCUUAUCUUGACUGCUUCAAAGGCGUAGACCUGCGCCGCACCGAGGUCGUGUGCAUGGUCUGGGCCAUUCAGAACCUCAGCGGCAACUCCUUUUCCAACUACUCUACGUACUUCCUCAAGCAAGCCGGUCUCUCGACGAGAAACUCGUACUAUUUCGCCCUCGGACAGUACGCCAUCAACAUGGUCGGUGUCUUUGGCGCCUGGUUCCUCAUGUCGUGGGGCAUCGGCCGCCGCACGCUGUACCUCUACGGUCUCACCGGCCUGUGCAGCAUGCUCAUGAUUCUCGGCUUCCUGGGCCUCGUUCCCGAGGAGAACCGCGACAAGGGCGCGCUGGCAACGGGCAGCAUCAUGAUGGUCUGGGCUCUCUUCUACCAGCUCACGGUCGGCACGGUGGCCUACUCGCUCGUCAGCGAGCUGCCGUCGCGUCGUCUGCAGAUCAAGACGGUUGUCCUGGGACGCAACCUAUACAACAUUGUCGGCAUCAUAAACAACGUCCUGAGCCCUUACAUGCUGAACCCCACGGCGUGGAACUGGCAAAACUACACAGGCUUCUUCUGGGGCGGCAUCUGCUUCCUUUGCCUCGUCUACACGUACUUCCGGGUGCCGGAGCCGCGCGGGCGCACCUAUGCCGAGCUGGACAAGCUAUUUGAGCAAGAGAUCAGCGCCCGCAAAUUUGAGGGCACCAAGGUCGACGUGUUCGAGGAUGAGGUCGACGAGAAGGCGAUGAAUAACUACCACCAGCAGAUCCGCGUCUCGCACUCGGAGAAGGACGUACGGGUGUGAAGGGACGAAGGAUGGAUGGAUGGAGAAACCGAACGGCAAAGAGGAGGGAGACUCAAGGAGUCCCAACGACUGAUGGGCAAACGCAAGAGAACGUAAUGUUGUGACGCAUGUAUAUCUAAUUCCGACGACGUAAAUGAAAUGUACGAAAUUGUUAAUCCGCUU